AAUCCCUGACACAUGACGUCUAACGAGCGUGGCGAAAAUGGUGUCUGGUGGAGAACAACAGCAGGGCCACAGAGCCAGAGUUUUUCAACAGAAAAAUAAAGAACAUAAACGUGGCAAGCAUCGGACGAAAGGAGAAAUCCAACAGGAGAACAAGGGAAGAGUGUCGGUGACGGCUCUUACCAAAAAACAGAAGAAGGAGGCGAAAAAGCUGGACAAACGACACAAAGCCAACCAGCUGUGGCAAAAUAAGAAGGACCUGGUCCUGGCAGAGAAACGUCAUCUGGGCAGCAGGGAUGGUCCCCCCCCCCAAAGUCUACGCUCCUUCGUUGGUGAUUGGUCAACAUCCGAUAACAUAAUCUCUGACUCUAUUCCCUCCCUCUCCCUUUUCUCUCCAGCUGACAUGCACUCUCUACUGGAUGUGGUGAAGGUAGCAGAUAGUCUGGUGUUUGUGCUGGACUCUACAGAAGGCUGGGACAGUUAUGGAGACUACUGCCUCUCCUGUCUCUUUGCACAGGGGCUUCCAGCCCAUGCUCUGGUGUGUCAGGGCAUUUCAGACCUAGCAGUGAAGAAGCGUGCGGACUCAUAGCGGGCGCUAGCCAAGAUAUCCGAAAUCCGCUUCCCUGGGGUGCGCCUCUUCCCUCUGGACUCAGACCAGGACGCCACACUGAUGCUCAGACACCUGGGAGCACAGAGGCAGAGGAGGUUGGGCUUCCGCUCCCGUCGACCUCACCUCCUAGCCCAGCAGGUCUCCUACACCCCCAACAGCUCUGAGAAAGGGAGAGGGGAAGCCCCUACGGGCCUGGGGACCCUGCGUGUGUCUGGGUAUGUCCGAGGCUGCCCUCUGCAGGUGGACAGGCUGGUGCACAUCUCUGGGUUUGGAGACUUCAAGCUCAGUCAGAUCGAUGCCCCCAUCAUAGACCCCCUUCCCCUCAACUCUAUGACCGCUCGUCCUGCCAAGCCUGGGAAGGAAGGAGACGGAGAAUGCAGGUGGGAUGGUGGUGUUGAUGAGGUGGAGUCAGUGCGGGUGCUGAUGAAGGCAGACCCAGCUCGCAGGGAGAGUCUGCAGGCCGAGGCAGAGGUAGACCCCAUGGAUGGAGAGCAGACCUGGCCCACUGAUACUGAACUGCUGGAGGCUGAAGAGGUCAGAAAGAGCAAGCGUGUUAUGAAGGUGCCUAAGGGGAUAUCAGACUACCAGGCCACGUGGAUUGUGGAUGAGGAGGAUGAGAAUGGCGAGGAGGAUGAAGUGAGCACAGACGAUGAGGAGGAUGAUGACGCGAUGAUGGCCGAAUCCAUAGAUGGAGAGGACCUUGACUCUCAGGUGGAUGCUGCCUCAGGUUGUGGCUCGGAGGAGGAUGAGGAGGACGAGCUGAAUUCCACAUCAAACAAGGGUGGAUCAGACCAGCGCUAUGAUGAGCACAUGGACGAGGCAGAGGAAGGGGAGGGGUUAAAACGCUACCGGGAGGCUCGGGCCAAUGAGAUGUUCCCAGAUGAAGUGGACACACCUCUAGACCAAUCGGCUAAGAACAGGUUCCAGCGUUGCAGGGGCUUGAAGAGUUUCCGCUCCUCCCCCUGGGACCCCGUGGAGAACCUGCCUGCAGACUACUCCCGCAUCUUCCAGUUCCAGAGCUUUGAGCGCACACGCCGCCGCGUACUGGCUGAGGCUGCGCAGGAGGAAGAGGGGGCCAUUUUAAGAGUCUGCCGUGUGUGUGUGGGCUGGUAUGUGACCCUCCAUGUAGUGGAUGUUCCCCCCACGGUGAUGGAGAGUGUCCAGGCAGGCAGGCCUCUGGUGCUGGUCUCCUUACUGCCACAUGAACAGAAGAUGUCAGUGAUGCACAUGCUGGUGAGGAGACACCCCAGCAACACAGACCCUAUCAAGUCUAAAGAGGCGCUGGUGUUCCACUGUGGAUUCAGGAGGUUCCGGGCCUGCCCUAUCUUCUCCCAGCACACAUCAGCCGACAAGCACAAGCUGGAGCGUUUCCUUCGAGCCGACGCCCCCACGGUGGUUUCUGUAUACGCCCCCAUUACAUUCCCCACCGCUGGGGUACUGCUCUUCAGACAGAGGGAGGAUGGCAUGCAGGACCUGGUGGGUACAGGCAGUAUACUGAGCUGUGACCCCCAGCGUGUGGUGCUGAAGAAGAUCGUGUUGAGUGGACACCCCUUCAAGAUCAACCGCCGGUCCGCUGUCUGCAGAUACAUGUUCUUCAACAGGGAUGACAUCCUGUGGUUUAAGCCUGUUGAGCUGAGAACCAAGUGGGGUCGGAGAGGACACAUCAAGGAGGCCCUAGGUACUCAUGGACACGUGAAUUGUGUAUUUGACAGCCAGAUGCGGUCUCAGGAUACUGUCAUGAUGAACAUGUAUAAGAGGGUCUACCCUCGCUGGACGUAUGACCCCUAUAUACCUCUGCCACUGCCCUGGGUCAAGGGAGAAGGGAUUCAGAUGCCGGAUGAUUUUGACAUGGAGUAGGUGGUGGUCUGUUGCAAGAGGUGUACUAUAUGGGUUUUGGAGUCUGUAGAGAUGGACUUGCAUGGACUGUGGCAAUGACAUUUUCACUCCAAGAGAUGGAUUGUCAUUUGUAUUAAAUAAAAGCAAUUAGACCAAAUCACUUGUUUAUUUUUAUUUAAUUAGAAAACGUCCUUGUGGUUCAGUUAGUUCAUUUCCUGGCCAUUAGAUGGCAGCAGUGUGUAAGAGGAAACAGGCUCUGUUGCAGUGACUGAUAACUGGGUGGAACUGAACUCACUGAUUAUCUGAGAGCUAUGCACUGUCAUGUCCCUGUACUCAAACACUAAAAACGUGAAAAAAAGCAUGAAGACAAUGUUGAGGCAUAAUCAGAGAGCAUGUUCAGAUCAAUAAAACUGUUGUACAGA